AUGGAAUCCUUAAUGGUGAGACUUUUCUAUGCGGUGAGACUCUUUCUUGGUCUUCUAUCUGUUAUUUCAGAUGCAACUCUAGUGGUAGCUGUUUCCAAGAAGUAUGGGAAACGUUUUGCUUCUUAUGCACUUGCAAUGCUCUGCUUAGCUAGUGGUUGUUUCUUUGCCAGCACAAGUUUUCUGCCCAGUUCAUUCUCUAUGUAUGCCAUGAGUCUCUCUUCAGGGUUAUUUCUUCUUGAGAAACCUGCAUGGGCUGUUGCAGUUGCAGCUGUGGGAGUAAUCCUAGGUUGGCCAUUUUCGAUCUUGGCAUUUCUUCCAGUCACAUUGUAUUCUUUAGUUAAACAAUUCAAACAAGCAUUUCUUUAUGGUGCUGUCACCUCAAUUGCUCUUCUUGCACUUUCCAUACUUGUUGAUUACUACUACUACCAACGAUGGACGUCAUCUGUUUUCAAUCUCUCAGUGUAUAAUGUCUUGGGAGGUGGUGAGAGCCAUUUGUGUGGGACUGAGGGGCCACUUUUUUAUAUAAGGAAUGGAUUUAACAACUUCAACUUCUGUUUCAUCCUUGCUUUGCUUUUCCUUGGAAUUCUGCCAAUUGCAAGGAAAAAGUAUGCCCCAGACCUGCUUGUUGUAAUCUCUCCUCUUUAUAUAUGGCUUGCCUUUAUGUCUCUGCAGCCACACAAAGAAGAAAGAUUCCUUUAUCCCAUAUACCCGCUUGUUUGUAUCGCUGCUUCAGCUGUCAUUGAGAGCUUUCCUGAUCUUUUCCGAGACAAAUAUAAUCCCCAUGAUAAUUCUAUUAUAGUUAUGAUAGCCAAAAUUCUUAGACCUCUGGCCCUCAGCUUCAUAUUAUGUGCCUCGCAUGCACGCACAGUUUCAUUGAUCAAUGGUUAUGCUGCUCCUUUGGAGGUUUACAAGAUCUUGGAGCACCAUGAUGAUGCAGGAACUGGUUCUAUACUUUGUGUUGGAAGUGAGUGGCACCGUUUUCCAUCAUCAUUUUUUGUUCCUAAUUAUGUUGGUGAAGUGAGAUGGAUUGAUGAUGGAUUCCGAGGUCUUCUUCCAUUCCCUUUCAAUGCUACUCUUGGUGGGACUUCAGCUGGACCACCAUACUUCAACAAUAAAAACAAGGCAUCAGAUCAGCAAUAUCUCCAGGAUCUUCAAGCUUGUACAUUCCUGGUUGAGUUGCAGCUCAACCGGCCUUACCCUUAUCGUGGAAAUGACUUAUCAACAUGGGAGCCUAUUGCAGCACUGCCUUACUUGGACAGGGAGCUCUCACCUGCCAAGUAUCGGUCAUUUUUCAUCCCAUACUUGUGGCAGCGGAAGAAUGUCUUUGGCAUGUACAAGCUUCUGAAAAGAGUAUCAAAACCAAAAUGAUAAAUGACAUCUUUGUUAUUUCCUCCUCUGUUCUAGUGUUUUUUUUUUUCCUGUAAGGAGUAACCUGAAAAAUACAUAAAAGAAAGGAAAAACAGAACACUAACACACAUUGACCCCAGUUUUUAGAUGAUUUUAUAGUCGUUCUUGCUUUAUUUAGGCUUUAUGCCGUGUUUGUGCUGAUUAAGUUCUCUUGUUACUUGGUUUGUUUAAUUGAUUUCAUUUCCUCGGUUCUAAGAAAAGUUUACAAAUCAGCAGAUCAAAUAUAUUUUAGUGCAGUUGAAGGGACCAAUAUUACACUGGUUUGCAUGUAUGGCAAGCGAUGCAUUCUUUAUACCACAAUUACUGCGAUGAAAAAUCGAAAAUGUUGAUCGUCACCUAACCAAUAAAACUAUGCAAAUCCAGGAAAUAAUGUGUCGAUCAAACAUGAUAACGGGAAGGACUGACAGGUAAGGUUGAGAUGCAUGAGCGAGGAAUUGCUGCAGCAAGCAUGAAGGUGCCUGCUUCGUUAACACAUUCAGAGCCAUGGAGCUAUACUUUGGCAACAUCUGAAAGCACGGUUAUGCCAUCAGCCAAGGAAUGGGUACUGCCAUCAUAAGGGUUUCAUUCGCCACAACCCUUUCCCUGCCAAGCAAUCCUAUGCCAUUUGAAGCAUGUGGCCACGGGCACACUUUCCCAUACCCUGUAACAUUGCAAAAUUUGCACUUCACUCAACUCAUCAUAUCAAC